AUGGAAACCAUAUUAGAACAGCAAAGAAGCUACCAUGAGGAGAGGGAAAGAACGAUGGACGCUAUGGUUAAGGAAAUUCUUCAUAAGAAGACUGGGCAUCGAGAAACUAUAAAUGGUGAUCAUCGUUUGAAGAACUUACAUGAUAGAUAUGUAGAAUCUACAAUAAGGCUCAAGGAAUUAUAUGAAGACAAAGAUGGACUAAGAAAAGAAGAGAUUGCUGCAUUAUCGGGGCCUAAUGAAUUUCACGAGUUCUAUGCACGACUCAAGCAGAUCAAAGAGUUUCACAGAAAACAUCCUAAUGAGAUAUGUGUCCCUAUGUCUGUGGAAUUUGAGGAAUUGGCAAAAUUGAGGGAAAAUCCAGCAGAAGAUUAUACAACACCUGUUGAAUUCACUGAUGAAGAGGGAUAUGGGAAGUACCUAGAUUUGCAUGAGUGCUAUGAAAAGUACAUAAAUCUGAAAGGAAUUGAGAAAGUGGACUACAUCACAUACCUCGCCAUAUUUGACCAUCUUUUUGAUAUUCCUCGUGAGCGCAAAAAUAGUGAAUAUAGAAAUUACAUCAGAGCUCUUCUAACAUACUUAAAAGACUUUGUCAAUAGAGUAAAGCCUCUACUUGAUCAGGCACAGGAGAUGGCUAGUGCUCAUCAAGAGUUUAUUAAACAGUGGGAAGCGGGAACAUUUCCUGGAUGGCCAAAAGAAACGGGCGGUGCACUAACAAAUGUAGGAGCUCAUUUGGACUUGUCAGCUUUCUCCUCAUGGGAAGAACUAGCCUCACUAGGUCUCGAUAGAUUGAAGUCAGCUCUUAUGGCAUUGGGCUUAAAAUGCGGUGGUACAUUAGAAGAGAGAGCACAAAGGUUAUUUAGUACUAAAGGCCGAACAUCCUUAGACAAAUCUCUAGUUGCGAAAAAGGGAGGUAACAAAGCGAAAGCGUCAACACAACAAAGGCAUAAGGAUAUUGCUGCCAUUGAAGCCCAAGUAUAUAGAUUCGCCAAUAUAACAGGCGGUACCCGGGGUGCAACUAUCGAAAACGUUACGCGUCGCGCUGCCCGCGCGGCUGGUGAACGGCGCGACGACAGCGGUGAUGAGAGUGACGCAUCUGCGGCGCCUGAUGUCGAUUCUGAUGAUGAUGAAGUGCCGUACAAUCCUAAGAAUUUGCCUCUGGGAUGGGAUGGGAAGCCUAUUCCAUAUUGGCUGUACAAGUUGCAUGGCCUAAACAUCAGCUACACCUGUGAGAUUUGCGGUAACUACACUUAUAAGGGACCGAAAGCGUUUCAGCGUCAUUUUGCUGAAUGGAGACACGCUCACGGUAUGAGAUGUUUAGGUAUACCAAAUACAGCUCAUUUCGCAAAUGUCACCCAGAUUGAAGAUGCACUUGCUUUAUGGGAGAAAAUCAAACAUCAAAAAGAAAACGAGCGAUUUGUGGCAGAAAAUGAUGAAGAGUUUGAAGAUUCACAAGGAAAUGUCGUCAAUCGUAAGACCUAUGAAGAUUUGAAACGACAGGGACUUCUAUAA